AUGCCCCUGGACCCAAUUCUGCACGCUCAUAGCUUGUUCCCGUGGGUAGCUCGCUCCUCGCAGCCCCCAUUUCCAUCGCAUCUGCCGGACGGCCCAUGCUAUAACAAGCAUUUUUCGGGUUGGCUGGCCGUGAAACGAGCGCCCGAGGCUGUUCAUACUUCCGCCUUGCUGCCAUCCAAAGCAACCCUGCCAACGCCGGCACCUACAGCAACUGUCGAGCUCUUCGGAUACGUUGUAGCAUUUGAGCACGACGAGGAAGCUCCCGAACUCCCCGUAGAGGUACUAGAACGAGAACUUGAGCUCGUAGCAGUCUGUGUCGCGGUCGUUGAAGCAGUGGUAGUGGUAUAUGCACUUGCGAGACCAAAGGUGAUGUUUGUUGACCCAUGUCGCGUUUUUCCAUUCGAAUCCGACUCCGCUUGUACAGCAGUCGUCCGUCGAGUUGGAGGGCUGGCAGCAAUAGGCUUGGGAGGAACUGCAGAAACGCAGAACUACCUGGUCGUCAUCGCUGACUGUGGCAAUGUCAGUCAAAGUACCUAA